GGGGCGGGCGCAGCUGUCACAAUUAUGUCCGACUGUUGUCAUGACUCUCCUGCAAAGGUGGACGACGCUGGCUCCAAAUUUGUUGGGCGUUUCUUAGGCUCAGCCAUAUUUCUGUGCUUUAACCCAAUUGUGUUGUACAGUCCGUUAGGGCGUUCAAGUGGGCUGAUUUAUAGUGUGGUUUCAGAUAUGACUUCAGAUGGGGGGCAAAUCGGGGAUAAACAGCGUCAAAACGUUUUGAGGGCUGGCGAGUGAGGGAUGUUUUAUUUUAUUGAUUUGGAAUUCCUCUAGUAAGUAGCAGUAGCUGGUUUAACUAUUAGAAAGGCGUUUGAGCAGGCGACACGGACGGUGAACAGCUUAUCUAGGUACAGUAUACAGGUCAAGUCAGCUUAGGGUUUGUCUACACGGAAAUAUUAACCAAUUCGAUAAUGUAUCUGGUAUAUGGAUAGAUGCAGACACAAACGUCACACAGCAGCCCUACGUAGAAUGUGCCAUCUGCUGGCAUGGGAGUGUGAGAAACGGGUGCAUGCCUACCCAAAGUGUAGCAAUCAAUGCUCCGCAAAAUUCUCCCCUAUCAAAUUGCCGCCGGCUGGCUAUCCACCAAUGGUAUUCCCGAACGUUGCGCCGGCCGAGUUUGAAAAUACCGGCAGGUCCUUGAAGCAUGGAACAUGUCAAGUUGUCGAAACUCUGCUCGGUAUAUAUCUCCGCAGAGCAAAAGAGACGGCAUUCAACCGACGACCUCUGGCACAAAGUUAUGACCCCCUGUUCCCCGGUGGUAUGCUGGGCGACCCAACUGAUAAGGCAACUGAUAAAUUAACCACAGCCAGUCAGCGGCGCGUCUCUCCCGAGGCACAGUCCUCCUCCGUCUUCGUCCACCCCUCGGCAAGGCUAAGGCAAGGACAGUCGGAAUCUUAAAUCCUCGAAAGGCAAUUCGCUGGCGAUUGGACCGAACCGCCCACUGCAAAAAUGAACAAAUGAAAGAAAGUGUGGAUGGCGCACAGUCCAUGCUCCACACCCAACCCACAGUUCACCCUCAGACGUCACUGGCGAGAGGGUAAGAAAGGUCACAGCCCAGCAUCAUUGCGUCAUUGUGACAUUUGUCGCUCAUUCAGCCGCCGACGAAACUCGCAAUCGCACAGAGAAGAAUUUGAGGAUUGCGUACUUGGGUCGGGCUUUGCGACAAUCCAAAUCCAACUGUCUGUGGGUAGGAACGUCCAUUGAUCCGCGAUCGAGAAAGCGUUGGGGUAAACCCAUUGCGCUCUGUUGAUCGGGCCCAGACCACUGUCAUUCAAUAAUGAGCCAAAGGG